AUGGUGUUGGCCAAAUCGAAGAAUUCUGUGGGGUUGGGGAACAGUUUGAUGAACGACAGAUUUGGCAAGGGGAAGCGUUCAGACAGAAAAAAAGUAUCUCACAAUGCUGCUGCUAUUCAGCGGAAAGGCACCGACGGCGAGACCUAUAUCACAAACCCGACCGAAGAGGCGUCAUGGGUGAAAAUGCGCAGUAUUACCGAGCAGGCGGCCCUCGACGAGUUUCUAAGCACAGCCGAACUGGCGGGAACCGAUUUCACGGCCGAAAAAAUGAAUAACGUCAAGAUCAUACACCAGGACCAGAAGAACCCUUAUCUCCUUUCUGCUGCAGAUGAGAGAAACGCUAUCAGGAAACAUCAGAAGAACCGUGCUCGCUUGACCGUUCCUCGACGUCCCAAGUGGAACGAACGAACAACUCGCAAUGAACUUGAUGUGAUGGAACGAGAGAGCUUUCUUGACUGGAGAAGAGGGCUUGCCGAACUCCGAGAGGUGCAAGAUAUACUGAUGACCCCGUUUGAGCGGAAUUUACAGGUUUGGAGACAGCUUUGGCGAGUCCUCGAACGGUCAGACCUGUGUACAAAUUGUGGACGCGAGGAACCCGCUUCUAUUUCGAUCAGAGGAUUUGGAAAGAUAUGUCAAAGAAGUGAGCCCUGCGAAGAGAAAUUUGCUAGGGAGGCCUGGGCGGAUUAUUUUGAGGAACACAACAUAUCUUAUAAGUUCUUCUCGGCUGCUCUAGCGAAGGAAAUGAACGAAGCAAACGAGCAGGAAGACGAAAGCGAUGAAGAUGAGGGCGAUGUUGAAGCAGCACUUGUCGAGAAAGCGAGAAAUGCCCGUAUUCAUAACUCAGAAGAAGCCGAGGAGGCUGGCGAGGAGGAGGAAGAGGAGGACGAUGACGAUGACGAAGACGAAGAUGACGAUGAUGGCGGUUUACCACUUCCAGAGGGGCCUGAAUCAGAAAGAACUGAAAUUAUCACGGUGGAUGAGUUGGAGGCACUGUUUAUGUCUGCGGCCCCUCCGCGUGAUCCUAGUGAUGAGAAGAGCAAAGACGUCACCACCAUUGGCCUUGUCGGGUAUCCUAAUGUUGGUAAAUCCAGCACCAUCAACGCACUUCUCGGAUCAAAGAAGGUGUCUGUCUCCGCAACUCCUGGAAAAACAAAACACUUCCAGACCCUCUACCUAACACCUAAGAUUGUCCUUUGUGACUGUCCUGGUCUUGUUUUCCCUAACUUUGCGACAACCAAGGCGGAGCUCGUUGUAAAUGGCGUUCUUCCCAUUGAUCAGCUUCGAGAAUACACUGGCCCAGCAGGGCUUGUCGCUCAGAGAAUUCCACACGACUUCCUCGAGGCAGUGUAUGGAAUGAAGAUACCCAUCCGCAGCAUCGAAGAGGGAGGAACGGGAGUCCCAACUGCGUCCGAAAUCCUUCGUGCAUAUGCCCGUGCCCGUGGAUUCGCCACGACUGGUUUAGGACAGCCAGACGAAUCCCGUGCCGCGAGAUAUGUGCUAAAGGACUAUGUCAAUGGAAAGUUGUUAUUCUGCCAUCCACCACCCAAAGAUCCUCCAUUCACGGAUCCAAAAGAGCGCGCAGAUUAUGAAUUGGAAUUUAACGAAGGAUUGUAUGAUAUGGCUCAUCUCCCAGCCCGGCGGAAGGAGGCUCUGCUGAAGGAACACGCGGCUGCAACUCGCGGUGACCAGGUGGAUGGGAUAGACGAUGAUAUCGAUUUAGAUUCGGUCAUGACCCCAUCCCACACUUCUGGUAACAGCUCCAUCCCAGUCCAGAGCGCUCGAUCGAAGAAGCUUGACAAAGGAUUCUUCGGCCCUGGCGGUGCCGGGUCGGCAGGACAUCUAAAGAUGCCAUUCAGCUAUAAGUAUUCGGAAGUGGGUAAACAAAAAGAAAUCACUGGCCGCAAGCAAAGGACACUUAUUGCGUUGGAGAAGAAUAUAGACGUAUCAGAAGUUCGAGGCCCAGGGAAGAAACAUUUCAAGGCAAACAAAAAAGUCAAGACUAAGAAAAAAGGAAACAGUUUCCUGGCGGAGGAAGAGUGA